AUGCUUGUGCUUGCGUUUAUUUUGCCUCCAGCAGCCGUGCUGUUGGACAGGGGCUGUAAUCUAGACUUUUUAGUAAACAUUUUGCUGACAGUGUUUGGUUGGCUCCCGGGCUUCAUUCACGCCAUGUUUAUCAUAUGUCGCGGCAGUCAUGACCAACAGCACAUCCAUCACAUCCAUACGACCCAACAUAUAAUAGUGGCAAAUGAGCCCCAAAUGAUGGCUAAUCAACUUCCCUCUGUUGUGUAUGCGGUCGCACCUCCACCUCCUUAUAAUCCACAAUAUCCGCCCUCUGCGCCCCCAUACGUCCCAUGA